AGAAGUACAUUGUGAAGAAUUAUUUCUACUACUACCUAUUCAGAUUUUCAGCUGCUUUAGGUCAAGAAGCCUUUUACAUCACCUUUCUUCCGUUCACUCAAUGGAAUAUUGAUCCUUAUUUAUCCAGAAGGCUGGUCAUCAUAUGGGUUUUGGUGAUGUAUAUUGGUCAGGUGGCCAAGGAUAUCUUGAAGUGGCCCCGCCCCUCCUCCCCUCCCGUUGUGAUACUUGAAAAGAGAAUAAUUGCCGAAUAUGGAAUGCCAUCCACCCACGCCAUGGCAGCCACCACCAUUUCCUUCACCUUCCUGAUCUCCACCAUGGACAGAUACGAGUAUCCUUUUGUUUUGGGACUGAUGGUGGCCCUGGUGUUUUCUACCUUGGUGUGUCUCAGCCGACUCUACACUGGAAUGCACACAGCCCUGGACGUGCUGGGUGGCGUCCUGAUCACUGCACUGCUCAUUGCCCUCACCUACCCUGCCUGGACCCUAAUUGACCACCUGGACUCAGCCAGCCCCCUCUUGCCUGUGUGUGUCAUAGUCGUGCCGUUCUUCUUGUGUUACCAUUACCCCGUGUCUGACUGCUACAGCCCGACCAGAGCGGACACCACCACCAUUCUUGCGGCUGGAGCUGGAGUGACCAUAGGAUUCUGGAUCAACCAUUUUUUCCAGCUUGUGUCCAAGCCCACUGAAUCGCUCCCUGUUGUUCAGAACAUCCCUCCGCUCACCACUGACAUGUUCGUUUUGGGUCUGACCAAAUAUACUGUAGGAAUUGGGUUGAUCCUCUUGGUUCGUCAGCUUGUACAAAAUCUCUCACUUCAAGUAUUAUACUCAUGGUUCAGGGUGGUCAUUAGGAACAAGGAGGCCAGGAGAAGACUGGAAAUUGAAGUGCCUUACAAGUUUGUUACCUACACGUCUGUUGGCAUCUGCGCUACAACGUUUGUGCCAAUGCUACACAGGCUUUUGGGAUUACUGUAAGCCCCCAAACAGUUGGAAAAUAGCCCAGUGAAUGCAAGAGCCAAGACAUAGGAAAGUUGCCAGGUGGGCAAGUCUUGACAACUCAUUUUCCUUUAAAAAAAAACAAACCUUAGGCCGCAUUUCUGUGUUGCUGAUAUCUGAGGUAAAUGAUGCUACUGUGCAAAAGGAAAAAAAAAAAAGGACUCAUAGGGACCAUUAGGCUUCUGGUUAUGCUGCAAUUGAACCCAAGCUAAAAGCCACAGCUAAGUUCUUUAAGGGUUCCCUCAAGCCCCCUAUGGCACAGGUGUUGGAUCUAGUCAUGAGCUGGCAGGAAUUGUGGCACAGUUCAGGAAGAGCCACAGUGGCACUGACUCUCAUCGCCAAAACUGGAACUUUGGUGUGGCAGAAAGGGUGGCACCAUAUAAAACUGCAUUCCUUCAACAAGGUGACUCUGAUUGUCAUUAUAAUCAAAUUAGACAUGCCUGGCUCAUGACAAGGCCACUUUGAAGUAAACCUGACUGUGAAGAGGUUGAGGAUGGUGACAGAGCUGUGAGAUAAUGGGGAAAAUCCUCUCCUCGUGAGCCAUUGCUUCUUUUAGGCAUUCAUUUUGAAACAGGCAUCUGCUUUUCCUUCUUUAUACAUUCUGCAGGAUUCCAGGUACCAUUACAUACUCUUCUGAUCCGGAAAACUAACUGGCUGCUCCCACCUCAGCAGGCAAGUGGUGUCUAGCCUUCACCAAAAGUUGAAAACCCCAUGGAUGUGUCUGGGGUUCACUGAACAUCUGGCUGUCUCCUGCUUCAGACUGACCUGGGACAAGCCCUCUGCCUAUCUUCAGCUUCCUUUGCUUCCUUAGAAGCUUGGAAGGUGCCAUCACCUGCCCACAAAGGUGCAUCAGUAGAACAAUGACUUUAAUCCGUUCUGGGGCCUGACAAAGAGAGGACAGGCAUUCCUGACACAGUCACCCUGAUAAGGUCACCAUGACUUUGAUCGUGACAAAGUCACCUUGACACUGACCCUGACAAGGCCACCCUCACUUUGUUCCUCCAUUUCUCAGUUACUUACUAUGAAUCUGUUUUUCGUCUGCUAAAUAGAAUCAGGGCCUCCCUGACUUUCCAACUCUUAACUCAUGGCAAUCUUAAGGGUAAUUAAUGCAAGAACCACUUCAGCCUCUCUUGGGAAAACAAGCCAACCCAAACACAACACCGUCUACACUAGAGUCCUCCUUAGAGUUAGGAAAGUGGUCAUUAUGCAGACACCACAGGGUUCUCUCCCAGGGCUCCUCUUCAUUCCUUAAGAAACAGGUAUCAAUAAAUUUUUUAAAUGUUAGUUUAAACAGGCAGCAGAGUUUCUUUUGAGAUAUAGUAUCUGGGCCACUGAAGCCACGUUUUAUAAUGUGUACACCUCGGGGAAAAUUAACACUCCUUGAAAGUCAAGCCCUUCUCUCUGCAUCCAGUGUUAAAACUGAAAACCACAUUUUCCUGAUUUCUAAUAUAUUCCAUGGCCUUAUUGUUGGGAUGAUUUUUGCUGUUUGACUUAUCCGUGAGAAAAAUGGAGGUGUCUUGGUGGCACAAUGGUUUAAAACAUUUGGCUGGUAACCAAAAGCUCAACAGCUUGAACCCGUCAAGCUGUCCAGCAGGAGAAAGAUGUGGCAGCCUGCUUCUGUAAAGACUGGCAGCGUUGAAACCCUAUGGGGCAGUUCUAGUCUUGGAAUCCACUCGACAGCCAUGCAUUUGGUUUUGAGAAGAGUCAUCUUUAGCAAAACGUGCAUUUUUCCCUUAAAAUGUUCUUCACAUCUUUGAUAACUAGAAGGGUGGAACAAGAAUGACCUACCACUGGACUGUUUUUACAUCAAAUUCUGACCGGUAUUUGUAGCACCAUGGUUGAGGAGAAAGAGGAGUCCUACCUGACAGAGACCCCAACCCUAGAUCCGCUCCUUCAGGACAGUAGAUGAAAAUGAGGUGCAGUCAUGUUCCUCAGACUCCCCAGUUGCCAAACCAGAGAGCACAACACUGGAUAAUAUUUACACAAAAUGAUUUUAGUUGACUGAAGCCAACUGAAAAUGUGUCACCUUUUC